AGGUAGGCAGAUUAUGUCAAGGAUUUCCCGAGUUUUCUGAUGCAAUAACAAGGAUGGGGUCCGAACAGUCGUCAGUGCCUCAAAAGAAGCAGACACAGCGGGCCCCGCCUGUGCGGAGAGGGCACACCAUUGCAGUCUCUAAUGUUCCCGAAGCCAGACGCAGCAAUGAGCCAACAGCCAGCGGUAACAACUCACCAGGAGCCAGCGUGUGCUCCGACUCGGAGCUCCCGUACAUAUCGUACACGGUGGACAGGCCUAUAGGAGAUUCCCCCAAGACAUCCACCAAGAGCCGCGAAGUGCGAAAGCAGACGGCGCCGCGGCGCGCGCUAAGUCUCCAAGCGCAAAGGAACAAGCGAGCACGCGAUAUAGUGGUCGUAGCGCGAGCGGGCGGUGCGAAGCAGGAUGAAGAUACUGCUAGAUUACAAGUUAGUUUGCGGAUAAAUACAUAG